UUAUUGAGUUUGGUGGUGGUGGUCCUUCCUUUAAGACAUGGGGAGGCAGGAGCAGAUUAUGGACAAGCAUUAAACAAGGCUCUUUUGUUUUUUGAGGCUCAAAGAUCAGGGAAAUUGCCUCCGAAUCAGAGGGUUCAGUGGCGAGGGGACUCUGCUCUGGACGAUGGACAUUCCACUGGGGAUGAUCUUGUCGGAGGGUACUACAUCGAUGGCGACAACGUGAAGUACUCGUUCCCUAUGGCCUUCACUGUGACCAUGCUCGCAUGGAGCGUGGUUGAAUACUCUAAUGAGUUGCAGACAAGCAAUGAGCUCUCACAUGCCAUGGAAGCUAUAAGGUGGGGCACUGACUACUUCAUCAAAGCCCAGCCAAAAGAUACCGUUCUGUAUGCUGUAGUAGGGGACCCCAUCUUGGACCACGCUUGUUGGGAGAGACCAGAGGAUAUGACAACAUCAAGGCAGGCAUACCGUAUCGAUGAGGCCCAUCCUGGCGCGGAUCUGGCCGGAGAGACUGCAGCCGCUUUGGCUGCAUCGUCGAUGGUUUUCAAAUCGAGCGAUUCGACCUAUGCUCUCCUGCUGCUUGACCAUGCUAAGAGGCUCUUUUACUUUGCUCGUGACCAUCGAGGGGUGUACUCCCAAACCGUCGGCGGUUAUGACUUGUAUGCCAGCACCGAUGACAAAGAUGAAAUGCUGUGGGCCGCAGCUUGGCUCUAUCGGGCCAGUGGUGACCCGGUGUUCAUUGAUUAUAUGAGGCAUAACGAAGAUAAUGGAGGUGUAAAGAAAUACUUCUCAUGGGACGAAAAAUUUCCAGGCGUUCAAGCCCUUGUAUCAAUGUUCUUGCUGCAAGGGAGAGUGACAGAGGAGCCGUAUUGGGAUGCAUUCCGGAGCAAUGUGGAAACAUUACUCUGCCAAUAUAUUCAGAAGAGUGGUACCUCAAACGCGAGGACAACGCCUGGGGGCCUUCUUUGGCUCAAUCCCUGGAUUAACCUCCAGUAUAUCUCCACUGCAUCAUUCCUCCUCACCGUCUAUUCCGACUUUCUCUCAACUGCCCGAGGUGGCCCGAGAUCUCUCAUGUGCCCUGCUGGUCAGGUCCAGCCCUCUGAGCUCCUCUCCUUCGCCCGUUCACAGGUGGACUACAUUCUAGGCACCAAUCCGAAGGCCGUUAGCUACAUGGUUGGUUAUGGCAGCAGCUACCCAUGGCAUGUGCACCACAGAGGGGCUUCAAUCGUCUCCGUGAAGAAGGACCCAACGCCCGUUGGCUGCGAAGAUGGUUUGAAAAUAUGGUUUGAUAACACCGGCCCCGACCCCAAUGUCAUUGAUGGGGGCGUUGUCGGGGGACCCGAUGAAAAUGAUGCAUUUGGAGAUAACAGAAGCCUAAUGGCACAAUCACAGCCUGCAAUCUACACCACUGCACCUCUAGUUGGUGUCCUUGCCAAGUUAGCAACAAUGAAAUGA